AUGGCAAGUGGGGGAGAUCCUCCACCUUCAUCCUUCCAGAAGAAAACUUGGGCGGAUGUCGCUGCAACAGCUCAGAAGGGAUCUGCAAUGUCUCCUUUGGUGGACGGCCCUGUUCGGAGCAAGCUAAAAGCGGGUACCUCUGAGUUCAUCCGUUUGGAUCGAGAUGCUGUCUCGAGGGCGAGUCUGCGUUUUCAGACGUCGCUCUAUGGAAAGUUCUUUGGGAAAGCUCCCCCGUUCGAUCAAAUCAAAGAAAUCCUCAGUUCCAAGUGGAGUGACCUUGGAGCGGUUCAAAUUUCAGACCUGCCAAAUGGAUACCUGCUGAUAAGGUGUGAGAACCAGGAUACCAUGCAUCUCUUGAUGUUUGAGGGUCCCUGGGCAGUUAAUGGCAUCGUCUUGCAGCUGGCCUCUUGGCAACCGUUCUUUGAGCCGGCUUUCACCAAGCUUUCUACAGCAACGAUAUGGAUUCAACUGCACAACUUACCCAUUGAACUUUGGGAUGGGGAGUCUCUGGAGACCAUUUCUGGUUUGUUUGGUCGCUUACUUAAAAUUGAUGAUUUUACAUUGUCUCUGUCCAGAUCCAAAUAUGCAAGGAUUUGUGUUGAGAUCGAUCUUGCUAAGCCUCUGAAACAAGGGUUUUGGAUUGGGGAUGACGAACACCGGGUCUUUGUGGUGGUGCUUUACGAACGUCUCCCAACGUUCUGUUACAAGUGCGGUAUUAGGUCAUGGGUCCAACAACUGCAGCCGCUGAAGCUCAAGGAACCUGGAACCUCCCUCUCAGCCCUAAGGUAA